AUGGCCAACAACACCACACAGCCAUGGCUCGAGGACCUCUCCGAAGAAUGGGUCGUCCAGGACUCGCCGGCCACAAUCGCACGCAAUGCCCAGAGCCCGGCAGCAACAAAAACUCCCCAGAGUGCAUCGGCGAAGGCCCGCAGUCGUCUUCCCCGCAUGCGACAAUCCUCAGGCUCCUUCUCCGAAAUCCAAGUCCGCAGCAUCGCCAAAGAGCUGCGACCGCCCAAGCAGAGGAGCGCCCUCCUCGAGCGCAGCCUCAGCGACAUCAACGUUCCGCCCGCCCCAUCUUCGCCCAACGCGUCACACAUGGGGCCCCCGCGUCGCGCUUCGUAUUCGUCCUUUUCCAUGUCGCAAGGCUCAGACAUGCAGUAUGGAACAGUAGCGCAUAACACGGUCGCGAGGUCGCCCACCAAAGAGCAAGGAUCCCACGACACGCCCGAGUGGAGGCGCAGGCUCGUCAAUGGCGAAGUCGGCUACGGCAACCAGACCGACUUGUUUGCCCCCACAGGUCUCGAGAACAUCUUCCAACCGCCGGCUGGAGGUGCUUCAGACGACUCUGCACAGCCAAAGCGCAGACUUGGACUAUUGAAGGGUCUUUCUGCCGUGCCGUUGCCGUCGAGCCCUCCGCCAUGGCCUGCCUCGCGACAGAAAGAGCAAGACCACGCAGCAAAACAAGAUGAGCAGGAACAACAAACAGACCAUGAGGAUCCCUCACAGGACGAAACAAUACACGAAGAAGAGCCAUCAGAUUGCUCUCACAAUCUCAUGCCACCGCCAAGCGACCCUGUACGGACCGUGAGCGGCCAGAUAGAAUACGAGAACGAGAACUUCAGCCCUGUGUACCUUACCAUGACCGGCAAUAUGAAGACUAGCCAGGCUGCUAACCCGGCCCCCAACUUCAGAGGAUCAGAGCUUGCCAAUCGGCUACGACAGAUUGGAUCGCCGCCCCCAGAUAACUUUCAGUCUGAGCACGAAGAAAGCGCACUGGGGUACAGCCGCGAAGAUUCCUCCCUCGCCAGACUACAGGAUGAAUCGCUACCGGAAGGUCUUCCUGCUGGCACUCCAGACAUGGCGGGAAUGAACCGCAAUGUAGAGUUUCGAAGAGGCGGAUAUUCUAGGGACGGGUCUUUCCAUCGAAAGCCACUCAGCCCGUCUCCUGAAAGGAUAGCUGGGUCGCGACCGUCUAGUAGCCGUGCCAGCACAGCUCAGUCGAAUACAACCGCGAAACACCCUUCCCCUCCUCCAGCAUUGGUCACCAACCCAACUACUCCGCAUCGUCGACGCGAACAGUUCCUGAGUCCAGACCGGGCAAAAGGUUCGGGAAGUCCUCUGAAGCUCUUCGAUGCACACGACACCUUCACAAGCAACCGAAUUCAGAGACGACUCAGUCAGCUUGAGUACAAAUCCGAGAAAGCCUCCAGUGUGAAAGAGGGCACAAUAGAGUCAACCAAGGCAGCGCCGAAGCAAUCCAGACUAACAUCGGUAGAAGAGAGGAGCAUGCAGAACCUUGAUCAAAGCCAGUCGCAGCUGCCAUUUAGACUUCCGUCUUUUGGCCAAGGCCAGCUAAACCAGCAUGAAUUCUCUGGCGACUUCUCCGCGAUAUCAUCCGAUGACGACUAUGAUGCACAAAACGACAGUGCACCUGACGCGUCACCUUCUACUGAUAUUGCACCCCCUGGUAGCCGCCAACCUUUCAAGUUCCAGCUUGACGAAUCACCAGUCCGGCGGGAACCUUCAAAAGCUAAGAGGCAUGUAUCCAGUCAGGCAGAAAACUCUGUGAGGAACGUUAGUCGGCCAAAGUUUGUACCACACCGAAAGGUCUCUGAACCCACGACGGAGGAAUUUCCAGAAGAAUUUUCAGAGAUUAUCCACGAGUACGCCGAAGGGAAGCGAGGUCCAACGUCGCCGUUCAAGAACCCCACCCCCAAGCGUAGGAGGACUAUCACUGCUGUAGAUGAAGAUGAAGACGACGAGGCUGCACCAAGUGGUGCUGAAGCAGGCACGAUACAACACUCACACGCAGCCAUACAAGCUGUUGUUGGACAUAUGCGGAGGGACGGCAGCCUGGAUCCUUCGAAAAAUAUUGCCGACUCAGAGACAUUAGCCCGGCGACACAUCUUGAGACCUCGCAACCCUACGCCUAGUCAACGGCGGCGAGAGGAGAUACAAGCAGAGAUUAUGGAAGCUACAGAAGCAUUCAUUCAGUCUUCACCAAAACUCAACACCAUCCGGGAACACCUAGAUUCAUCUAUCAUGUCAGAUACUGACACAGAACGAGAUCGGGCAAAGGCAGUCGCCAACCAGGUUGCUGCGUUUACUUUGAGGAGACAGCCUGGCGCGCGCGAUAAGAACCGCAAACGAUCUGUCACUACACAAGAUUUCCUUGACGAAGCGCUCAAGAUUAUGGACUUUAUCCGCACCAAGGGUCGACCAACUAGCGGUCUGGGUAGCCUUGAAGAAACGGAAGCUGAAACUCAGCUGCUCGAGGAAGUCAACGACCAUCCCUCUAGUAUAUUGACAUUUGAAAGGCCCCCGACCAAAGAGGGUCGACAGUCAUCCUGGCAGGACGCGAACAAGCAAAACAUGGAUGCGAAUAUCAUGGACCACCUCCGCAAAUACCAAGAGAAUGAGAACGACACUUUCUUGAAUUCCUCAGUCAACUCCAUCCGAGUUUCGCGUCUAAGAGGAUCUGCGACACCGGAGGGAGAGAGCGUGGUGGUUGAGCAGGAUGAUAUUCGGAUUACGGACAAUCCCAACAGGCACCAAACCGAUGAUGACGAAGACCAUCGCCCUAGUUCUGCGCCUCGCGGAAACGCCACACUCCUGUCGACAGCUUCAUCAUUCGGAAACACAAUCGUCACAAACGCAUCACGUCGUUCGGAAUGCGUUGCAACCCUAGCGCCGGAAGCGGUGGCGCAUUUAAUUCCUCAACAAGUGGCCGGCAUGAGCUUUGAUCGCGACAAGAAUAUUUGGGUUCGUCAGAAGAGCCCUUCAAGGCAGCACCAAUUCCAAGAAGAAGAACCAAGCGGUAUGAACGCAAGCGAAGACGAUCCCUUCGGCAACAUUCCCGAUCUGACUGUGGAAGAUAUGCAUGAGCAAGAAACCAAACCAGGUUCUCCGGUUCGCCUCCAGCCUACAUCCGAGACCAUUCUUGAAGACACAGAAAGGCUUGACGCCGAGGAAGACUCGCGACCAGUGACCCGUGAAGGAAAGGGUGUUGCUUACACGGAUACAAGCUCUGCACCUUCCAAGGCCUCUAACUUCGGCUGGAGCUUCCCCAAGACAGACACACGAGCUACUUCUUGGAGCACGCAGGCCCCGCGAAAUUACAGUACACACAAGAUGCCUCAUGCACCCACAACUUAUGCAAUCCCAGAGUCAGAAGAAGACGGCAUCGAGCACGAGAUCCAGUACUUUGAGGGAAGAGACCAUGCUCCUGCAACUACGCAACGUCCCCGAGUACGGAAUGUUACUAUCUCGAUCGCUGAACGCGAGGAUACAACACGGGACACCCAACCAGAAACCGCCCCAAAACAGCGCCGUCAAAACCAAUGGGGACCAUCAAGCGCUCAGCAAAUGUCAGAAAAGAAGCAACCAGCUUGGGGACAGGCGAAUGGUACCCGGACCAUGUCGCAAGGACGAUCCAGCCGUUUGCCCGUCUUCAACGGAGAUGGUGACCUGUCGAUUUUGGAUGAUGCUCCAUCGAAGAACUAUCGGAUGGAACUAUCAAUGAACGUCUCUGCGCCUUCCCUUCGUCACGGACGACGGGAUACGCUUGUCGCUGCACCAUCUUCACCUGUAAAGGAUGUCACUUUCAUGCUCAGCGAUCUACCUGAGUUCACCCUGAACCAGAUCGACGAGUUUGACCUCCCAGAUCGAGUUGUGGUAAAGCACAACGGUAGUCGCUUCUCCAAAGCUCUAGAAGAUCGUUAUGCACAAGGCACUGCGGAGCUUGUGAAGGCGCUACAAGAUGUGGAGCCUGAUGAGCCGUACUGGGAAGACCUUCGCAAUGUCAGUCUCAGCAAGAAAGAUCUCAGUAGUUUACAUCGUCUUGAUGAGCUCUGUUACCAACUCGAGGAGCUCGACGUCUCGGACAACAGAAUCAAUCAAGUAGAGGGAAUUCCAUACUCCAUGCGGAGACUGCAGGCGCAAAACAAUUGCCUGAAUGGACUUACCUCCUGGACAACCCUCGUCAACCUACAGCAUCUUGACAUAUCCGGCAACGAUGUCGACAGAUUGGACGGUCUCGCUGAACUGGUGCAUCUGCGAAUACUCAAGGCCGACAACAACAAGAUCAGAUCUCUUCAAGGCAUCCUACAUCUCGAUGGCUUGAUGGAAUUGAGUGUUCGCGGCAACGAAAUCGACACGGUUGACUUCAGCCGAACAAAUCUAAAAUCUCUUACCGACCUGGAUCUGAGGAAGAAUCAUCUGCUUGAAGUGCGGAACCUACACUGCUUACCCCAGCUUCAGCAUCUCAACCUUGAUGACAAUGAGAUAGAAGAGUUUCCUCUUCUUGAUACGCCUUUCAAACCUUGCAGAUUCUUACGGUCGAUCCGCCUGUGCCGAAACGGAACCACACUGCUUGAUGUCGAUCAGUACUUCCCCAAGCUGGAGUCUCUUUACGUCGAUGGCAAUUGUCUGACACAAGUGUCGGGCCUAGAACAUCUUCGACACCUGCGAACCUUUUCCGCUCGCGAACAAAUUCUCAAUUCCGAAUCAGAUAUGGAGAUGUGUGCGAGCAACCUGGUCAGGAACACCGAAGUACGCAGCCUGUAUCUCUCACUCAAUCCAACAUAUGGCCUGCAAAUAUCACAGCACCUGCUGAGUCUUCAACGAUUGGAGUUGGCUUCGAUGGGUCUCAAAGAGCUACCAGACAACUUCGGCCAGCUUACACCAAACAUUCGAUCUAUCAAUCUUAAUUUCAACUCUCUGACGGAUCUUCGACCACUCCUCAACAUCAAGCGGCUGAGCGAACUUCUCCUGGCGGGCAACAAACUCGAACGUCUGCGUGCCAACGCAAUAGUCUUGGGCAAGCUAGGCACACUUUCAAAGCUAGACUGGCGGGACAAUCCGCUCACGCUUCGCUUUUAUGCUCCGACAUGCGAGAACCGAAUCAUGUCUCUCAGGCAGAAACCCUCCGACGAGCAGCUCACGAACCGCUUCGUUCUACCUGAAGGGGAAGUUGAAGCAGACGUGCAACACCUCCAGCGAUUGGAUUACGAGACCCGCAUUAGGCGGCGGGUCACCGAAAUGAUGCUUGCCAAUUUGUGCAGAAGCUUAAGGGAGCUAGAUGGGCUGCCAUUCGACAAGACGCGCGUGCUAGUCAAGGACGAUGUAUGGGAGCGUCUGUUGUUCCUUGGCGUCAUCCAGCGCAAGCGAGCGGACACGGCUGUUGACGACACCAAGUAA